ACCUAUUCCCUAUUAGUUUCCUUUUAGGCAUUUAUUGUUUAUUUACCACAGCUGUGCAAAUUAACAAAUUGGUCGUUUUAAAUCGCAAACCGAGUAUUGCUCACUGCAGUACGUUUUAAAACUUUUGUAGGACAUUUAGUGACAACACUUGCCCUUAUCUAGUUAAUCCGGAUCCCGUUGGCUCGCAUGGGACUGAGGCACUCAUCGCGGUGCCUGCUCCUGCGGAGAAAGAUGGCGGAUGCGGAGAGCUCGGAGCAGCGCCAGAAGCAGCAGCAUAUUUCCAGUGUGCCCUCGUCCCAGUCUUUGCAACCUUCUCCGCUACCAAAGCCAGUGACUUCGGUUCAUCAUGUUGCACACCCCCCACACACACCACACGUCUCUGCACUGUCUGCUUGUCCGGGACGAGGCAAGAUGGCCAAGCUACUCAACCCGGAGGAGAUGACAUCACGGGACUACUAUUUUGACUCCUAUGCCCACUUUGGAAUUCAUGAGGAAAUGCUAAAGGAUGAGGUGAGGACGCUGACUUAUAGGAACUCCAUGUACCACAAUAAACACAUCUUUAAGGAUAAGAUUGUUCUUGAUGUGGGCAGCGGAACCGGAAUCCUCUCCAUGUUUGCUGCUAAGGCAGGAGCCAAGCAUGUGUACGGGAUUGAAUGUUCCAGUAUAUCAGAGUAUUCCGAAAAAAUCAUCAAAUCAAAUCACCUGGACAAUGUUAUUACCAUCAUUAAAGGGAAGGUGGAGGAGACUGAACUGCCCGUGGAUCAGGUGGACAUCAUCAUUUCAGAGUGGAUGGGCUACUGUCUUUUCUAUGAGUCUAUGCUCAAUACUGUCAUCUACGCCAGGGACAAAUGGCUGAAACCUGGCGGUUUCAUGUUUCCAGACAGAGCGACAUUGUAUGUGGUCGCCAUUGAGGAUCGACAAUACAAAGACUUCAAAAUCCACUGGUGGGAGAACGUCUAUGGUUUUGACAUGACGUGCAUUCGGAACGUCGCUAUGAUGGAGCCCCUGGUGGACAUAGUAGAUCCUAAACAAGUCGUGACCAACUCCUGCCUCAUUAAGGAGGUGGACAUCUACACGGUGAAGCCAGAGGACCUGACGUUCACCUCAGCCUUCUGCCUGCAGAUUCAGAGGAAUGACUAUGUUCACGCUCUCGUCACGUACUUCAACAUCGAGUUCACCAAGUGUCACAAAAAGACGGGCUUUUCUACAGCCCCUGACGCUCCCAGCACUCACUGGAAGCAGACGGUGUUUUAUCUGGAGGAUUAUUUAACGGUGCGGAGAGGAGAGGAAAUCCUGGGCAGCAUCACCGUGAAGCCCAACGAGAAUAAUGAGCGUGACUUGGACUUCACCUUUGAGCUGGAUUUCAAAGGGCAGCUCUGCGACGCAGCCAUCUCCCAUGACUACAAGAUGCGGUAAAACUCAAGCAACAUCUCGAGUCGGGGCACCGUUUCCCAGGGAGAUUCGGCGGAGAGAUGGACUGUGUCUCUCCUCUGCCUCUGUCUGGAUAAGAGAGGCUGCCGAACUGCAGGACCCUUCUAUGAUGUCAUCAGUGAAAGUCCAGCACUACAAGCAAUAGUGUCAUCGCGUGUCACGUUCUUAAAUGCACAUAAAGAAUAGACUGUGAAAACAUCACUCUGAAUGUUACUG